GAAACUGUCCAUGUUCAAUGUAUGUUAAAAAUGGUUUCAUUUUGUUGGUUAAAAAUUAUUGCAGCGUGACGAAAGUCAUAGCCUCGUUUAGUACAAUUGGUUCUAUUCGUGAGAUGGGAGAUUCUAUCCCAAAUUAUAAAACCAUUAAGCACCAGUAAAAAGCAAUUAGAAAACCAUUUACAUUUUCAGUCUCUCAAACUCUUGUGGCCAUGGGAGAAAUCGAUCCAGAAUUCAUUCAAGAAACAGAAUACAGGCCUAAAUUCAAAACAAUAGAAGCUGAUGAAGAAAUCCCAGUUAUUGAUCUCUCUGUUUCCACUCCUAGUGACACAAAAGAAGUUGUGUCAAAGAUUGGAGAAGCGUGCAAGAAGUGGGGAUUUUUUCAAGUGAUCAAUCAUGGGGUACCGUUGGAACUAAGGCAAAAGAUAGAGAAGGUAGCAAAAGAAUUCUUUGAUCAACCGAUGGAGGAAAAACGGAAGGUGAAGAGAGAUGAGGUGAAUCCUAUGGGGUAUCAUGAUAGUGAGCACACCAAAAAUAUUAGGGACUGGAAGGAGGUUUUUGACUUCUUGGUGGUAGAUCCAACUUUAAUUCCUGCCUCUGAUGAUCCUGAUGAUAAAGAGCUAAGGGCUAUGACUAAUCAAUGGCCACACAAACCUUCUGAAUUCAGGGAGCUGUGCCAAGAAUAUACAAGACAGGUGGAAAAACUAGCUUUCAAGUUGCUGGAGCUUAUCUCUUUGAGCUUAGGGUUGCCUGCUGAUAGGUUAAAUGGUUACUUCAAAGACCAAAUCAGCUUUGCUAGGUUCAACCAUUACCCUCCUUGUCCUGCACCCCACCUAGCUCUUGGUGUAGGUAGGCACAAGGAUGGAGGUGCCUUGACGGUCUUAUCCCAAGAUGAUGUUGGAGGGCUGCAAAUAGGCCGCAGAUCAGAUGGAGAAUGGAUCCCUGUUAAACCAAUUCCAGAUGCCUUUAUCAUCAAUAUUGGCAAUUGUAUGCAGGUUUGGAGCAAUGACUUGUACUGGAGUGCAGAGCAUAGAGUGGUGGUGAAUUCUCAAAGGGAAAGGUUCUCGAUACCAUUUUUCUUUUUCCCAUCCCAAUAUGUUGAUAUUAAGCCACUGGAUGAGCUAAUUAAUGAGCAAAACCUUGCAAAGUACAAGGAAUUCAACUGGGGAAAAUUCUUUGCCAGUAGAAACCGCAGUGAUUAUAAAAAACGUGAAGUGGAAAACAUCCAAAUCGAUCACUUUAAGGUACCAGAGUGAUUAGUUUAGUAGACUGGGUUUUCUAUGUAUGUGCCUAUACUCUACGUAUGUGAUGUCGAGGUUGUGUGACCUUUUAUUGUUGCCAUGUUAUGCUUUCUAAAGCAUAGACUUGUAUGUGAAAGUUGUCCUCGAGAUAUCUUAACUGUAAUGGGCUCAUUUGGGCAAAAUUCCGGUUAAUUUUCACCAGUUAUUGAGCUUUUUUAACUA